AAACCGUCAAAGCCACUACCUCUGCCUGCCACCACUCCUCUCCCUUUCUUCCUCCCUACGAUACAAAGCCAUCACCUCCCCUCCCCUUCCAUAGUCCCAUCCAUCUCCAUCCCCAUCAAAUUCCUCCUAACCACCACGCCACCUUGUGUCUCCAUUGGGUCACUGCGAUGUCGAGCUCGAAGCCCAAGCCUCCCAUCCUCUUCUUCCUGCUGCUCCUCUUCCUCCUGGCCAGCCUCGCCGCCUCCCAAGAAUUCACCUACAAAGGCUUCGCCGGCGGCGGGGGGAACCCGAACCUGACCCUCAACGGCAUCGCGGAGGUCUGGCCCGACGGCAUCCUUCGCCUCACCAACGAGACGUCCCGGCUCCUCGGCCACGCCUUCUACCCGACCCCGCUCCGCUUCCUCGACCGCAACGGCACCGCCGCGUCCUUCUCCACGGAGUUCGUGGUCACGGUGGUGCCGGAGUUUGAACAGCUGGGCGGGCACGGGUACGCGUUCGUCAUCACGCCCGACCCGCGCCUCCCCGGCUCGCUGCCCAGCCAGUACCUCGGCCUCUUCAACGCCGCCGACGACGGGAACGCCACCAACCACGUGUUCGCCAUCGAGUUCGACACCGUGCAGGACUUCGAGUUCGGGGACAUCAACGGCAACCACGUCGGCGUCGACCUCAACAGCCUCGUCUCCAACAAGUCCGCCUCCGCGGACCCCGUCAACCUCAAGGCCGGGGACACCGUCGCGUGGGUCGACUACGACGGCGCCGCCAGGCUGCUGAAUGUCUCGAUCGCGAACGGCACGUCGGGGGUCAAGCCGGCGAAGCCGCUCAUCUCGUUCCCCGUCGACCUGUCCGGGGUCUUCCGGGAGCAGAUGUACGUCGGAUUCUCGGCGUCCACGGGGCUCCUCGCGAGCUCGCACUACGUCAGGGGCUGGAGCUUCCGGCUCGGCGGCGGCGCCGCGCCAAAGCUGGACAUCUCGUCGCUGCCGACGCUGCCGCGGACCAAGAGCGGCAAGAACCGGACGUCGCUCAUCCUGGCCGUAGCGUUCUCGGCGUUCGUGGCGCUGGUGGUGCUCGCCGCCGCCGGCGCGUACGGGGCCUACCGGUACAAGAACCGCGACAUCAUCGAGCUGUGGGAGCUGGACUACGGCCCGCACCGGUUCAAGUACGCCGAGCUCCGGCGCGCGACGCGCGGGUUCGGCGAGCGCGAGCUCCUCGGCUCCGGCGGGUUCGGCAAGGUGUACCGCGGCGUGCUCCCGGGGUCCGGCGAGACCGUGGCCGUGAAGCGCGUGAACCACGAGUCCCGGCAGGGCCUCCGCGAGUUCGUGGCGGAGAUCGCGUCCAUCGGCCGCCUCCGCCACCGCAACCUGGUCCAGCUCCAGGGCUGGUGCCGCCGCCGCGGCGACCUCCUCCUGGUGUACGACUACAUGCCCAACGGCAGCCUGGACCGGCACCUCUUCGGCGGCGACCACCUCAAGGGGUCGCGGCUGACGUGGCCCGUCCGGCACCGCAUCCUCCGCGACGUGGCGUCGGCGCUGCUGUACCUGCACGAGGGGUGGGAGAGCGUGGUCCUCCACCGCGACGUGAAGGCCAGCAACGUGCUCCUGGACGCCGACAUGUCGGCGCGGCUCGGCGACUUCGGGCUGGCCAAGCUCCACGAGCGCGGGGCCAACCCGAGCACGACGCGCGUGGUCGGCACGCUGGGGUACCUGGCGCCCGAGCUGACGCGGACGGGGAAGGCGACGACGGCCAUCGACGUGUUCGCGUUCGGCGCGCUGGUGCUGGAGGUGGUGGCCGGGCGGCGCCCCAUCGAGCCCCGCGCACCGCCCGAGGAGCUGGUGCUCGCGGAGUGGGCGUGGGAGCGGUACACGGCGGGGGAGGUGGAGAAGGUGGUGGACCCCCGGCUGGGCGGCGCGUACGACGCCGCGGAGGUGGCCGCGGCGGUGAAGGUGGGGCUCUGGUGCUCGCAUCCGUCGCCGGCGAUGCGGCCCACGAUGCGGGAGGUGGCGAGGUACCUGGACGGCGGGGAGGCAGGGGAGGUUCCCGAGCCGCCGCCCCCGCCGCCGCUUCCGCCGGCGUGCUCGGGCGAGGUGGGGUUCGACGACUUCGUGCACUCGUACCCGUCGUCGUCGUUCGAGCGCGCCGCCGCGGCGGGCGGCGGGUGGGACGCCGGGACCCAGACAUCGGCGGCGACGUUCCCGUUCUCGCCGCUGUCCAUGCGGUCAACCUACGUCAGCAUGUGACGAGUCGUCACCCCUGGGCCAGCUUGUCAGCGAGGUGGCUUAGUCAAACGAAGUGAGUCCGGGUGCCUGUUUAUAUAUAUCUGUGAGGUCUAUUGUUUUUUUUUUACUGCACUCGGUAACGGUAAACGGCGGAGUGACAGUAGUAGUAGCCUCUUGUAGAGAAAGGCCGUUCAAUUUUUUGGGCUGAAGAGUCAAAGAGAUGUGGUCUAGCUAAAUCAAAUUUAAACUAUUUUCGCUCUGUGGGAUGAACCUUGGCUUGCAAAAUUUUGCAAAUCAAAGAAGUUUUGGCAUAUGGUUGCGUCAAAAUUCAACUAGAUUGGUGAGUAGCCAUGCCAAUAAUUUGUGACU